GUUGAUAAUAAUAGUUUGCACUGCCGGAGCGCCGACUAGUUGACAAUACGCGCCGUCGUCACUUAUUCAUUAGUUCUAGAAUGUCUGUGUUGUAUUUGAUCUCGUGAUCGGAAGGCAUACAAAACAGAACGCAAUUAUUUAUCGGACAAAAUUUGGUCGAAAAAUACAUUUUCUCGGCACUCAUCAGCUAUCCCAGUGUCUGGUUCUUAGGUCUUGUAACUAACUACGUUACUCACGAUUUCUGUCAAUACUCAUUAAUCCCUUAGCAAUUACAAAAUGGUGACUGCUAUUACUUCAGAAACUGAAUUUAACUCUUUGAUUUCAAAUGGGCUGUCCGUCGUACAUUUUUACGCUGAUUGGUCUGAACCGUGCCAAUACAUGAAUAACAUUCUUAGCGAUUUGGCUUCGGAUAGUGAUUUCCAGAACAUAAAAGUUGCCAAGUGUUUAGCUGAAGAUUUUGCCGAAUUAUCAUUAAAAUACAAUGUGUCUGCUGUACCUAAGUUUAUACUAUUUCGUAAUGGUGUUCAAGUAGAUGUAUUAGACGGCGUUGAUCCAAUACAGCUAAACAAAAAAAUCCAAGCAUUGCUUACCAAAGGUAGCCAAAAAGAACAAAAAGUAGAAGACAUCAAUUUGAGACUCAAGUCAUUGAUAAAUUCUGCUCCUGUUAUGCUUUUUAUGAAAGGAUCAAAGUCUGAACCCAAGUGUAAAUUUAGUACUGCAAUUAUAAAUUUGCUUAAAGAAAUUGGUGCUGAAUUUAGUACAUUUGAUAUACUACAAGAUCAAGUUGUUCGAGAAAAAUUGAAAAUAUACUCUAAUUGGCCAACUUAUCCCCAACUUUAUAUCAAUGGAGAAUUAAUUGGAGGAUUAGAUAUUGUAAAAGAAUUGAAAGAGUCUGGUGAGCUAAAUGAUCUAUUAAAACUGGAAAAGAACAAAACUAACCUUGAUGAGAGGCUUAAAUCACUGACCAAUAAAGCCAAUGUAAUGGUAUUUAUGAAAGGUGAUAAACAAGUUGCUCGUUGCGGAUUUAGUAAUCAGUUGAUUCAAAUCUUAAAUCAAACUGGCAUCGAUUAUGAAACAUUUGACAUUUUAUCUGAUGAAGAAGUGCGGCAGGGCUUAAAAGUUUAUUCUGAUUGGCCAACAUAUCCACAAGUUUAUGUUAAAGGAUCAUUGAUUGGUGGUUUAGACAUAAUUAAAGAAUUAAAGGAAGGUGGAGAAUUAAAUGCUACUCUUAAAGGAGAAAUGUAAAAUAAAUGGAAUAUAGUUAGGUUA